AUGCAUUCAAAACUAUCAUUGGGUAAGCUUUGCAAUCAGCGGCGCAAACAGGAGAAGAAUGCUAACGUGCACAGCUCGGGGCCAGCAGGCCAUACCGCAGCUAUCUAUGCCGCACGAGCCGAUCUGAACCCCGUCAUGUACGAGGGAUUCAUGGCUCUCGGUAUUGCCGCAGGUGGUCAAUUGACCACAACAGACGAAGUCGAGAACUUCCCCGGUUUCACCAAGAUUGGAGGCGGAAAGCUCAUGGAGCAAAUGCGCGAACAAUCUGAAGCCUGUGGCACCGAAAUCAUCUCCCAGACCGUCGCGAAGGUCGACCUAAAAGCGCGCCCCUUCAAGUACUGGUUACACCCCAUGGGUGACGAGGAGGAGAUCGAGGAGGAGGAACACACCGCUGAUGCUCUGAUCAUCGCGACCGGCGCAAAGGCUAGGAGGUUAGAUCUUAAGGGCGAGGACAAGUACUGGGGUAACGGUGUAUCCGCAUGCGCCGUAUGCGAUGGUUCCCUCCCCAUGUUCCGCGAGCAGCCACUGGUCGUUAUCGGAGGUGGUGACUCGGCAGUCGAGGAGGCCUUGUACCUCACCAAGAAGGCGAGCAAGGUUACUGUGCUCGUACGAAGGGACCAGCUACGUGCCAGCCGAACAAACGCCCGCCGGUUGACAACGCACCCCAAGAUCGAGAUCCUGUACAACACCAGCGCGAGCGAGAUCAAGGGCGAGGAGAAGAAGAACGGUCUGAUGACACAACUAGUGGUCAAGAACAAUGUCACAAAGGAGGAGCAGACCCUUGAGGCAAAGGGUCUGUUCUACGCGGUCGGACACGACCCCGCCACAGAGCUGUUUAAGGGACAGCUUGAUAUGGACGAGGACGGUUACUUGAUCACCAAGCCCGGAGAAGGUCUUACAAGUGUCGAGGGUGUCUUCGCGGCUGGUGAUGUUCAGGACAAGCGGUAUCGUCAGGCUAUCACCAGUGCAGGAUCUGGCUGCAUUGCCGCUCUCGAGGCGGAGAAAUGGCUUGCCGAGCAAGAUGACAGCGUCGGCAACGAACUCGAGACGGAGAACCAGGCUGAGAAGUCGCAAACAAACGGCGUCGUGCCCGAGUACCGCUCCAACCCUCUUCUAUAG